UUCGAUUCAGUCAUUCAUUCAUUCAAUAUUUCUAUUCCUCUUCAUUUCGUUCUUACUUGUUUCAACUUGUAAAUAUAUCAUCAUGAAGGCAUCUUGGAUCCUCGCACUGGUUGCGGCAAGUCCCAUGGUCCUCGCCCUAGACCAGGAGCCUCCUACUGGUGCAGAGCUGGUUGACCGGGCGGUUAAGAAGAAGGUUUUAAGCUUCAACUGUGACCAAAUGCCAGAGGUCUGUCACAACAUGUGCUAUGCCACCAACUGCAAGCACAAGCCUAGGCAACUCACCUGGGACAAGCCUAGCGCGAGUAUCGAGGGUAAACGCAGACGAACAGCAGGUUGUGGUAGCAAUAACCGCUGCAGCCAGAAGAAGCUUGGGAAGACGGGGUUCAACUGCGACGAGUACCCCUUUGCCUCGACCAGAAACGCAGAUAGGGGUGGCCAGAUCAACCGCUGCGUUCCAGAAAGGGAAAACAGCCGCCAAGGCUCAGCUCUUAGCCAGUUCUACCGCUCCCGAGGAAAAUACAAGGCCACUGGAUGCAAAGGCAAGAAGAACUGCAGUUUCACUGUCGCCUUCACGGGCGCCAAGGCCAAGACCAUUGGUCCCUGCAAGAAGACGCCCGACUGCAAGAGCGACGGCAACCAGUGGACUAAGACUGGUCCUCUCAAGCGCGAGGAGCCCGAAAAGCCACAAAAUGUGGCAGAGUACAAGCUCCGUCGCAGCGGUGAUACUAUUUUGUCGUCUGAAGACCUGUUGCCCGGUGAUCUCGUAUACCACAUUGUGGAGCGCAAUGCUACGCUAGCCGAGGAGCAUCACGCGGGCCAUAUUUUUAACGAGUUCGCCGGGAUUGAGCAGUAUGACUACAUGUCCGACAACCUGGACAUGGAAGAAGAUGAGAUUCUUGCCAGGAUCUAAUGCAAGAUUUCAUAUAUAGGGGUUAGACUCGCGUAGAGUCCGGGUUUGGAAAAGGGGUGGAAAUUUCUUGUAUAUCUCGCAUUUACUUACCGGCUGGGUCGGGACAUAUAUCAUACAUACUUUCUGUAUAUAACUUAGAUGAUGUAUAUUGUAUUGGGAGGUGUUUGGAACUUUUAGAUGACCUAUAGACAUUAUACUAGACCUCUAGUUGGCCGGGCUAUCGGGGGCAAUAAGAUCUAAAUCUAAG